UCACGCUCUGGAGUCAUACACUGCCCUCCCCUACCACCAGAGGAGCCCCUGCCCUCCCAACCCUAUCAACCGGCCCGCCUACCAAGGCAGCAACCCGAUCAGUGACGUCUGGUCCCGCCACGCCCUCAACGUGGUUGCCAAAUACAUGAAGCGAGCUGUGCGGGACCCUGAGGACCUGGAGGCUCGGUCCAGCAUGCACCUGGCCAGUGUGUUCGCUGGAAUCGGCUUCGGAAACGCUGGAGUUCAUCUGUGUCACGGGAUGUCGUAUCCGAUUGCUGGUAAUGUAAAGACUCACUCAGCAAAGGGUUACAGUGUGGAUCACCCCCUGGUGCCUCACGGUCUCUCUGUCGUUCUCACGUCUCCGGCCGUCUUCAACUUCACGGCCCCAAUGUGUCCAGAGCGCCACCUGGAGGCUGCAGAGAUCCUCGGUGCAGAUAUCCGGCAGGUGAAGCGGGACGAUGCGGGUGCUGUUCUGUCUGACACACUGCGUCAGUUCCUGUUUGAGCUGCAGGUGGAGGACGGACUUGCUGCUGUCGGAUACAGUAAUGACGACAUCCCAGCUCUGGUGAAAGGAACAAUCCCUCAGGAGCGAGUGACCAAACUGUCUCCCAGGAGUCACAGCGAGGACGACCUGGCCGAGCUGUUCGAAGCCUCCAUGAAGCUCUACUGACUUUACUGGCCUUGUGGGGACCAAACACUCUGAAUACACAACGCUCAAAGUGUGUGUGUGUGUGUAUGUGUGUGUGUGUGUGACUGGUCGCAGGUCUGAGCUGUGUUGAGCUGCAGUUCCUCUAACAGCCACUAGAUGUAGCUGGUUGUCUUCCUGCUCAGACUCACCUGUGACUGAAACACCUGAACACAUGUGACCACACCUGAACCAAAUAAAAAUCUGUUUUCACA